GUAGGGUGCAGUCUGGUCUGGUCCAUAGCCUCACUCUGAGUCUCCUUGCGAGUCAUCUGGGAAGGUUGUACUACAGCUGCGCCGCUAGAAAAGGGGUUGAGAUUCUGGACCCGCUGAUCACAUCCCUGGCUUCAGCUACCCCCGCUGAUCGGCAAAAGAACUGCUGAAAUCAUGGAAAAACACAGCAUGCAAACAGAGGCUCCUCACCCAGGAACAUAUUUGCCAGCUGGGUAUGGCCCUCGGUACCCUCCAGCAGCAUACCAAGGACCUUCAGAACGGAAUGGCUACCCUAUACCCCAGCCUGACUACCAAGGACCACAGGGUCCUUAUCCAGGGCCCCAGGGACCCUAUCCAGGACCCCAUGCUGGCUACCCAGUCCCACCUGGAGGUUAUGGAAGUGUAGGACCGGGUGGCUUUCCUGUCCAAAAUCAGCCAGCAUACAAUCAUCCAGCUGGGCCUGGAGGGACCCCAUGGAUGCCAGCACCACCUCCUCCCAUGAACUGUCCACCUGGGUUGGAAUACUUAACUCAGAUAGAUCAGAUUCUGGUUCAUCAGCAAAUUGAGCUUCUGGAAGUCUUAACAGGCUUUGAAACAAAUAACAAAUAUGAAAUCAAGAACAGUCUUGGGCAGCGAGUUUACUUUGCUGUAGAAGAUACUGACUGCUGUACUCGAAACUGCUGUGGAGCAGCUAGACCUUUCACCUUGAGGAUCCUGGACAAUCUUGGCAGAGAAGUCAUGACUCUGGAGAGACCCCUGAGAUGCAGUAGCUGUUGCUUUCCCUGCUGCCUCCAGGAGAUAGAAAUCCAGGCUCCUCCUGGUGUGCCGGUAGGGUAUGUGACUCAGACCUGGCAUCCGUGUCUGCCAAAGUUCACUCUUCAAAAUGAGAAGAAAGAGGAUGUGCUAAAAGUUGUUGGUCCAUGUGUUGCUUGCAGCUGCUGUUCAGACAUUGACUUUGAGCUCAAGUCUUUAGAUGAAGAAUCUGUGGUUGGCAAAAUUUCCAAGCAGUGGUCUGGUUUAGUGAGAGAGGCCUUCACAGAUGCAGAUAACUUUGGGAUCCAGUUCCCACUAGACCUUGAUGUGAAGAUGAAGGCUGUGAUGCUUGGAGCAUGUUUCCUCAUAGAUUUCAUGUUUUUUGAAAAAACUGGAAAUGAGGACCAAAGGGCAGGAGUAUGGCAGUAAUUUCUUGAGCUUCCACAAGAGACUCAAGGACUACAUUCUUAUGGACACUAUCUGAAAGGAACACACAUGACUCUUUUUCCUUUACUGAAAUAACUGUGUUGAUUAACUGUGAUGCCUAUACCCCAUGUUGUACAGCUGUGCUUUCAAACUAUAGCUUACUUUCUAUACUUUUGUCAUGCAUUUGUUUUUCUACAUCCUUAACAUGUUCACUGUGAAUUAGUGAGAGAAUAUAUGAAUUUUUACACACAGAAAUGGCCUUGUCUAAGAGAAAUGUUUUGUCUCACAAUAUUUGAUUUAUUUUCCAUUUUAUAAAAACUUAAAUAUUAUUGUAAUUUAAUGUGAAAUUACGUAUUAAAUGUAAUUAUAAUUUACACAAAAGACCUAUGU